GGAAAAAUCUCUGAGAAAGGGAAAUUUGAAUUGAGGAGUGGGGAAAGGAAAUCAUUAAAGUGGAAACACUGUUCGUAAUUCUAGCAACACUUGACGUUCUUUCUUCCGGUUGCCAACACAAGGCAAGAUGCGUUCCGUCACAGUAAAGGAUGUUGAACAAGACAAGAUUGUUAAAACUGUCGCUGCUCACUUAAAAAAAACGGGCAAAGUCAAGGUACCUGAGCACAUGGAUCUUGUAAAGACAGCUCGCUUCAAAGAGCUGGCUCCGUAUGACCCUGAUUGGUUCUAUGUGCGUUGUGCUGCCAUCCUUCGUCAUAUUUACAUUCGCUCACCUGUUGGAGUCAAGACUGUCACCAAGAUCUUCGGUGGGCGCAAACGUAAUGGAGUUACACCUUCACAUUUCUGCAGGUCAUCAGGCAGUAUUGCACGCAAGGCUUUGCAAUCGUUGGAGGCAUUGAAGCUUGUUGAGAAAGUUCAGGACGGUGGUCGCAUUCUCACCACACAAGGUAGACGAGACCUUGACAGAAUCGCUGCCCAGGUUCGUCUAAAGGCCAAGCAGCAGGCUAAGCAACAAGUCAUUGUACUUAUUAACAAAAUGUUGUUGGCUUUCAAUCGUGUCUUUUUCGUUUUAAUUUUAUAUUUAAUAUCGUGCGUAUCUUAUUGUGAACAAUAUGGUGAAUUUGAAAAUACUUUGUAUGUAUCCGAAGAUGUUUCGAAGUCUGAUAGAAGGAUGACUGUGAUCAAUAGAUUUACUGAAAAUGAAAGUAGCGGAUCUUACCGAAGAAAACGUGAAGCUACCACAGUGCAGCCCGUACAAGGAAACGUUAGUACACAGAUUACUCAUCUGAAUGACAGUCAUCAACAGCUUAUGGUCCACUGGGUUGGAGAAGGCUCUAAUGUAAUAAUUUGCCUUGCCAGAGAUUCUAUUCCUAGGAACAAAGGAGUGAUUUCACCAUCAGCACUUUUUAUAUCAUAUGAUUAUGGCAAAACCUUUAUGAAUAAAACAGAAAGUUUUAAACUUGGUGAUACAUCCAAUAAUGGUUAUGCUCAGCUUGAUAAAUUCUUCAAUCACCCUAAAUAUCCAGAAUUUUGUGUAUUUGUGGAUUCCACAAAUAAGAAGUUAUAUUAUACCAGCGAUAACGGGCGAAAUAUACAUCGAUCCGACUUGACCUUCUCCCCCAGCGAGCUUGCUUUUGAUGAAGAGUUCCCUGAUAAGUAUGUCAUUUUGGAUAAAGUCGACAUUAACAGAAAGCUGUACCUAACACUAGAUGGGGGGAAAACAUUUAAAAUGAUCCAAAGUUUUGUGAAGACCUUCGUCUGGUCGUCUGGCCCUGGAUUCUCCAAAGUAUUCUAUGUAGAGCGAUGGAAGCCAGAUGGAACGAGUGCUGUUUUGAGCGCAAGCGAUCCCACAGAUCUUAUCAAUGCUGAGGUGCUGUUUGAAGAGACGAAGGAUUUCCAGGUGAAAGGGGAUUACAUGUUCGCGACGAAACAGUCGAAAGAGAAAAACACGCUUCAUCUGUACAUUUCGCAUCAACGAGGACCGUUCUACAAAGCCGAAUUCGAAACCGAAUUGAAUCUCAGGAAGUUCCAUAUUGCGGACGUAACCGAUUCACGUAUAUUCGUCUCUGUCAUGCACACGGAUACGUUAGCGAACCUGUACGUGUCGGAGAUCGGCAGAAAUUUCACCCAAUAUAAUUUCGUUUUGAGCAUGGAACAGAUUUUAUGCUAUUUCCCGGAAGGAAACUGGAAGGACAGUUGGCUUGAGGACGUCACAGAGGAUCCGUUCACGGAUUUGUAUCGAGUCGAAGGCUUAAAAGGAAUCUACAUAGCGUCGAGGGUCGAUUCUAAAGCGCCCGUUGCUAACGUGGGCCCCGAACAUUUGAUAUCGCUGAUCACUUUUGAUCACGGUGUCACUUGGUCACCGAUCAAACCGCCAACUGAAGAUGAAAAUGGAAAGCCACUGAACUGCCACAUCGAAAACUCGUGCAGUCUACAUUUAUGCCAGAAAUUCAGUCAACUGUAUCCAGUUACAAGCCCACCCGGAAACGUUACACACAACAAUAUGAGAUCUGCGAGUAUAAUGAGUUCGAAGUCUGCACCCGGCAUCAUAAUGGCGACUGGUGUUAUGGGAAAAUCUUUAAAGGGCAUCCCAGGCGUAUAUCUCAGCAGAGAUGCUGGGUUAACAUGGAAGAGGAUCUUGAAAGACUACUACUUCUUUAACUACGGAGACCACGGUGGUGUUUUAGUUGUCGUCAAAUAUUUCAAAUCACGAGGCGAAACACGACGUAUACUUUAUUCGACAAACGAAGGCAUCGAGUGGAAUUCUUAUCAGUUCAAUGCCGAUGACCUUCGGAUCUACGGGCUGAUGACAGAACCCGGCGAAAAUACCACGACGUUUACAAUGUUCGGUUCAGCGAACGAUCAACAUCAGUGGAUCAUUAUCACUUUAGACUUGAGAAACACUUUUGCCCGCAACUGUACGAACGAGGAUUACAAGUUCUGGUCGCCUUCGCCGCCGAAUUCGUCCGUGUCGUGUGUGCUCGGCUCGAGGAAUAUCUUUCAGCGACGCCUCCCCCACACGAACUGUUACAACGGAAUCGAUUACCAAAGACCUGUCAGGAGGGAAGUCUGCGAAUGCAGCCGUCGAGACUUCGAAUGCGAUUUCGGUUUUAUGUUAUCCGGCGAGGAGUGCAUUCAGAACAAGUCGGUGAAGUUCGAUCCUUACGCCGUACCCGUGUACUGUCGCCCGGGCCAGCACUACAAGCGGACCAAGGGCUACAGGAAAAUAGACGGUGACGUGUGCACGAUCAGUGGAUACACGCCCUACGCCUCAGAUAUCAUACCGUGUCCCCUUGAAGAACCGGUUGAGUUCAUGUUAGUAGCACUUAGAGACAAAAUUGCCCGCAUCGAUUUAUCCGACAAUACAACCAUCUACCCCGUCGAAGGACAAAAUAACAUAGUCGCCAUAGAAUUCGAUUUGAAGAACAAUUGUAUUUACUGGGGCGACAUAGAACUAGAUAAGAUCAGCAGGCAGUGUUUCAAUAACGGCACAACGCAAGAGGUCGUCGUCGACACGGACUUAGCGAGCAUCGAAGGCAUGGCCCUCGAUUGGAUCUCGAACGUUCUGUUCUUCGUGGAUGGAUCAAGAAAGAAGAUUGAGGCAGUGCGCACCGAUUUGACGAACGAAGGCAGAAUGAGAGUCACGAUCCUGGACAAUAAUGUGCUGACGAAGCCUAGAGGUAUUGCGGUGCAUCCCAGAGCGGGGUAUUUGUUCUGGACCGAUUGGGAUAGGCACGCUCCGUCGGUUUCUAGGUCGCAUCUCGACGGCACGCACGUGAAGAAGCUUUUCGGGAAGCCCAUAGUUCAAUGGCCGAACGGCUUAACGAUCGAUCAAAUGUCGGAAAGGAUUUAUUGGGUCGACGCCAUGGAGGAUUACAUCGCGAGCUCGGACUUGAACGGGAGAUAUUUCAGGAGGAUCUUAUGGGACGACACUAAGGUCAUACAUCCGUUUGCCGUGGCCGUUUUAAAGGACAAGGUGUAUUGGGACGAUUGGAAAGCGAAAUCUAUAUUUAUAGCGGACAAAGAUACCGGAGCGAACGUCAUCACGAUCAAUAACUCGUUCUCCGGUUUGAUGGACUUGAAGGUGUUUGCGCACUUCGUCCAACACGGCAGCAACGCUUGCUCGUACAAGAACACGAGCUGCGACGCGCUGUGCCUGGGAGCGCCGGGCAACAGUUACAGCUGCCUUUGUCCGGACGGCUUCAAGAACGUGAACGGCACGUGCGUGUGUCCGGAUAACUCGAAGCCGUCGGUCAACAUGACAUGCCCGAUUGCGCCAGGCGCUACUUGCGGACCGGAACAAUUCACAUGUAAGAACGCGAACAAGUGCAUACCUAUAUCGUGGCGGUGCGACGCGAACAACGACUGCGGAGACCUCUCGGACGAGAUGGGCUGUCUGUGCGCGCCCCCCAUGAUCCCCUGCGACACCAGCAAGUGCUACAUGCCGCAUUGGAAAUGCGACGGAGAGAUCGACUGUCCCGACAUGAGCGACGAGAAAGAUUGCGCCGUUCUCCAUUGCAACGAAAGUCAGUUCCAAUGCGGCAAUGGUCAUUGUAUCGAGAAACGAUGGGUCUGCGACGGCGAUAAUGAUUGUCAAGACGGCUCGGACGAGCGUAAUUGCAUGGUACACAUAAAGCACUCUGAAAUAACGCCGUGCUCGAACAACGACUUCGCGUGCGGCAACGAGUCCGGCACGUGCCUGCCCAACUCGUGGGUGUGCGACGGCGAGCGCGACUGCCCCGAGGGGACCAACGAGGAGCCGGAGCGCUGCAAGGACUCCACGUGCGCGCCCAACAUGUUCCGGUGCCCCAGCGGGAAGUGCAUCUUCAGAUCCUGGGUUUGCGACGGAGAAAACGAUUGCACGGACAUUGAAAAAUCGGACGAACAGAAUUGCACGAACACCGGACGUUCCAAGUUCCUGCCGGACCCCGCCGCGGACAGACCGAUAUUCCCCGCGAACAAGACCUGCCUCAACUGGAUGUAUAAGUGCGAGAACGGCAACUGCAUCCCGGACUGGUGGAGGUGCGAUAAGAUCAACGACUGCGGAGACAACUCGGACGAGAGCGGAUGCGGCAUGGUCGUGCCGGAGAGGAAGCCCGUCAUAUCCGUUAAAGUUCUGCCGAAAUGCGCCAAGACCUAUUUCACGUGUCCGAAUGACGUGUGCAUUCCGCUGUCGUGGGUGUGCGACGGCAUGGAGGACUGCGCGGGCGGUAGCGACGAGCUCGGCUGCGAGCGCCACGCCGCCGUCACGCCGCGCCCCGCCCCGCGCUGCCCCGCCGACCUCACGCCGUGCGCCGACGGCCGCGCCUGCAUCAGCGACCUGCUGCUCUGCGACGGCACGCCGCACUGCGCCGACGGAAGCGACGAGGCGCACUGCCCCGGACGGACUGAACAAAACCCACCGAUGGAAUGUCCGCCGGGCUACAUACAGUGCGACCACAGCCGCUGCGUCGCUCAGGCAGCGGUGUGCAACGGCCGAGAAGAUUGUUACGACGGAACCGACGAACAGAACUGUUUCAGUAAAGACAACCGCGCUUAUCAGUUCCUCAGUAUCGGAGUCGAUCAGUCCUCAAUAAAUUCAUCGAGUUUCCUCGUGUCGUGCUGGAUGCCGCAACAGAAGACCGUCGUCUAUAAUUUCCUGCCGUCUAUAUCUGAAGUGGGCGACGGUAAAUGGAUGAACAUGUCCUGGACAAAUGACAGUGUUUAUAGAUUUACAAAUCUGAAGCCAUUCACGAACUAUAAUAUAACGUUUUACAUAUGGGACAGCAGAUUGAAUAAGACAUAUGCGUCAAGUAAAUACGUGAACACGACUACAGGCGAAGGAAUACCUUCGCCGCCUCUGAGAGUGACGGUACGUCAGAACAUCGGGAGCCGCGUGGAGGUGCUGUGGGACCGGCCCGAAGUACCCAACGGGGUCAUACGCUACUACAAGCUGUACUACUCGCCGCCCGACCCGCCCAUCGUGAAAAUCAUUCACGCCAACGACACGAAAACACAAUCGGUCAUAUUCAAAGGAUACUUUAUGCCUAAGACGAACUAUUCGUUCUGGGUAAAAUCGCUGAACAGCCUAUACACAUCGAAUUCGUCCGAAGUGAUGUACCUGACGUUCGACGACGGCGGCGACGUGGAUGACCUGGCCAACGUCAGCAUGGCGCGCCUCAACGCCAGCGCCGUGUACCUCGAGUGGCACAAGAUCCGCGGGGUCGAGGGCUACCUCGUGCAGGUCCGGCUGCCCAUGGACUACGCGAAACGUGACCCGGUCAAGAUACAAACGAAUAACAUUACGAUAACGGAUCUACCACCGGGCGUCGUUCUGAACGUCGAUAUACAAGCUUACAAAGCGUCGAUAUACGGCGAACCAUUUACGCUGCCGUUAAAAACCGAAGGCGAACCAGACGAGACGCUGAACCUGACCGCAAUGCUGCUAAAGGAAAAACGCACCUCCGUACAUCUGGCCUGGGACCCACCCAAAGGGGAGCGAUACAAAAAUAAGGAACUCUUUUACGAGAUUCAUUAUAGUAAUGUCAUAAGAAGAUUAAAUCCAGGAGAUAUGUCGAACGAUACAAAGAUUAUUACGAAGAACACUAGUGUCCAAAUAGAUAAUUUACAUGAGUGCGAGAGCUAUUCUUUCACUGUUGGCCUCCUCGGGGGACCUUUGGCUCGAAUUAUCGAAAUCGUAACAAGAGAGAAUGCCAAAGCACCAGUGAAGAAUUUAAUCGCUGUUUACGAUGAUAAAAACGCCGAAAUGAAGAUCACUUGGGAUGCCAACUGCGAUGCCCUACGAAACCCAGUUACAUAUUUGCUGAAAAUAACAGAAGAAACAAGGGAUAGGGUUAGCCGAUAUGAAUUAACUCCUUCCACGGUGCCGAUCUUCAAACAUGUAAUUCGCAACGUACCAGUCGGUGGACGAUACAACAUUUGUGUCAAGGCGGAUGUGGAGGGCGCCGUGGAGACGUGCACGCGCGCCCGCAGCCGCCCCGUGCCGCCGCCGGUGGGCGUGGCCGCCUUCCUGGCCCCCACCGGACACCUGCUCGUCUCCUGGGACGAUCGACCUCAGCACGACCAUCCGGAACAUAAACACAAAUACGAGAUCAUAGUAUCGAAGAAGGAAAUACCCGAGGAUCUAAUUAACCCGUCCCCCGACAUGACGACGAUGACAGCCGAGUUCUCUCCGCUGCUGAUGUCGGCGCCGCGGGGCAGUGGCACGCUGUACGUGGGCGUGCGGGCCCUAACUGAAGAUGGGUACUGCAGUGACCUCAGCGAGAUGCCGACCUUGAAAAUGGAAGGCGAGGCGGAGGAGCCUGUGUCGGCGCUGUCGGCGGUGUGGUGGGGGGCGGGCGCGGCGCUGGCGGUGGGCGCGGUGCUGGGCGGCGCGCUGCUGCACCUGCUCGUGCGGAACCGCCGUCUGGCGCGCUCCUUCCUGCGCUUCACGGCGCAGUCGCCGCACUCGCCGCACACGCCGCGCUACGACAGCCGCCGCGGACACGCCACCAUCACCGACCAAGAUGAUGACGACGUUCCUCCGAUCCAAGGCUUCUCGGACGACGAGCCGCUGGUGAUCGCUUGACGCGCCUGCGACAGAACGAGCAUCAUCAUUCAAUCGUGAUCUUGUUACAAAAAUUAUAUUAGUGUUUUAUCGACGCAUUAAAACAAUGUCCCAGUCCUCACAUACUGCCCGUAAUUAAUUCGUUAAGUUUGAUUGCGUACUUUUGCUCUGUAAAGUAAAUGUCUUUUUCACAUUCAGACAAUGAAUAGUCGUUGAAAUUUCAAACUUAUCGAUAUGGCGGACUAAAUACUGGGUUAAUAAUUUGUAUUGAAAAUGUUCUGUAAUUAAAACGAACAGGCACCGUUACAGAUUUGUAAAAGAUAGAUAAUGAAGACAAAAAAAGAUUUCAUACUGAUAAUUUGUUAGAAAAAAAAAAAAACUAGAAAACGACUCCAUGCUUUUUUUAGUUUAUUAGAACAUUUAUUUUUGAAAUGGUCACUAUAGUUUUUGUUGUUUUGAGUAUUUUAGAUGAGUUGACGUGUGCGUAUAGUUGAUUCAUAAAAAAAAAUAUUUUGUGUGAUAUUAAAAGUAAAGUUUUUAAAUAUUCGUUUUUAGAUUCAUCGAUUUAAUUUUUUACUAAAGAAGUUUAUGUCAUAUUUUAAGAAAAUAAAAAAACGAACGAAAAUAAAAUAGCAUUAAAUAUUAUGUAUCGCAAAUAUUAUUUAUAAUACGAAGCUAGUAGGCAACGGGUUUAUUGACGACAAAUAUUUCGCUGAAGGAAAUCUGUAAGUAUUACUAAGUUACGACAAAUUAUUGUUUAGUUGGACGAGAGGUCGCGGUUAUGAUGGUUAUGAUGUUCGCGCGUCUCUCGACCGUUGUGGGCUGAAACUAAGACUUAUAAUUAUUAUAUUAGCUCAAUUCUUCUUUAUAGGAGUAAAAGAAGCAACCGACCGAUUUUAUUUUCAAUAAUGAUCACUGUUCUAUUUACGCUCACAAAGGUCUGCUUCACAGUUUUAAUGUUUUAAGAAUCGCGUUUAACAAUAUUCAUUAAAUUAGUUAUUGUGCAUGCUGUAUACUUUAGGAUGUGACGCCAAAGAACGUAAUAAGUAUAUAAAUAAAUAGUUUUUUUUGUUUGCGUUCGAAAUGGUUGUAUUAGUUUCAUAUAAGAGAUCUCGACAUUCCCAAUUGUAAUUUAGGUUUUUUUGUUGUUGUUAGUUCCUUAUGACAUUGCCGCGUCGUCUUAUUUGCCCAGAGCGGAAGGAGAUUCGUUUUUCUUUUGUUAAAUUUAUAGUAAAAUUGUUAUGGGUUAAGUCAUAUGAUUAUCUAAAUGUAAAAUAAAUAAAAUAAA